CAUGAUUACUUAAAUAUUUUGACUUACUUUUACAUAUCUUUCUAUUCUUUUAAUUCAUAUGUGAUGUAUUUAUAUGAGCUUUCAUUCAUUUUAAAUCGGACUCUUUGCCUUUUCUUUGAUUUACAGGCUGAAUCAUUUACAGACGAACAGAUCGCUGAGAUGAAGGAAGCGUUUACGCUUUUCGACAAAGAUGGUGACGGCACUGUAACAGUCAAGGAACUGGGUACCGUCAUGAGAUCACUAGGUUCCAACCCGUCACAAGAAGAGAUCGAAGAAAUGGUAAAAGAAGUCGAUACUGACGGCUCUGGAUCUAUUGAAUUUGAAGAAUUUUUGGUAUUGAUGGCAAAAAAGACAAAGAAAGAUCCAACACAAGAAAACAAGGAGAUUUUUGGUGUAUUCGAUAAAGAUGGCGACGGUUUCAUCACCGCAAAGGAACUUCAUUUCGUUAUGACCAACUUAGGUGAAAAGUUGACAGAUGAAGACAUCAAUGACAUGAUCAAAGAGGCCGACGUAGACGGAGACGGCCAGGUUAGCUUCGAAGAAUUCUGCUCCAUGAUGUCGUACAAAUAAGCUGUGGGCGAUUUCAAUAAAUUUUUGCAUUGUUUAAUUUUUUAAUAAAUAUGUAUGAGAUCGUCGAUGUUACAGCGCCACCUCAAGUUGGAGAUUCAGAACGACGGACUAUUUAUAUAAUAUGAUGUCAUAUUGAUGCCUGAGGAGAAUCAAGUUAAAUAGGCCUACUAGAUGAACUAAAAUCAUUAAGCCGAUACAGACGAUCUAUUGGCGGAGACUUGUUUGACAGACUUUUGUACUGUAAUAAAAUUUAUAGCAAAUACCACCGUUUUGAUAUCAUACGAUGCAGAUGUUUUGAUUGACUUUUUUUGCAAGAUUCUUUUAAUAUCACCAGUUUGGUAUGAUAUAGUACCUACUGGUUUGUCUAUCUAUAUUUCCUUGUAAAUCUUCUUGCUGUAAUAAACCAUUUCGUAGUCUGAACUGCGCAUGCCCAUAGCAAGGUCAAUCGACUACAAACAAACAUACAGUACACCACAUACACAACACGUUUUCGUCGAUUGACUUUAAAUACGCACAUGCGUAGUUUGAGACUACGAAAUGGUUUUGUCCAACUCUGUCGAUCUGGGUCCUGUAAAAUAAUAUCUCGAUGUAUUUACUAUCUGUUUAUUAGACCUGACGAAGACAGGCUGGUGUAGUGUGCAAUGACCGUAUUCAGCAGAGAUGUGCGUUAUCUUACAAAUAGAAACUUAAACCCGAACCCGAACAUUGAUUUUGUAUCAUAAAAAAACCAAUCUCAUCAUUAAAUGCUUUAAGGCAUACACAAGUACUUUAGUUUUUUUCUACAAGAUAUCUAUUGGAUGUUGAAGUUGGACGUAUUGAUUGAUUUAUUUGUGAAUAGUAAAAUAUAGAUAUGGUUUGUAA